ACCCCAAAGUAGCCAAUUCUGACAGACGGCACAGAACUUUCGAGCAGAACGCACGGAUUCGCCUCGUGCGCGCUCACCUCCCAGAAACGGUGGUCUCUUCUGCAUUUUUUCUGGGCCAUCUUCCGUGUGCCUCGCGGAUCUCUGAGUGGCCAAAAAAAGUGUGGUGCAGGUGGUUUGCAUGCAGUUCUCGCGCACUAGAAUGAAAUUCACCUUCAAGUGAUUCCCAAAUUUGGAAUAUACAACGCUGAGAAAAAAAUAAAAGAAUAUUUUUUUAAUGAAUUAAAACCGGAAGUGUGUGCUCACAGUGGUGGAAAAGAAAGUUUAGCAGAGAGAGAGAGCGAGGAAAAAACCCCGAAAAGUGUGCUCAAGGUGAUUGCCCAACGGUGCAAAUAGACGAGAAUUGAGCAGAGGAAAAAUACAUCGGGCGGAAAAAGGAAUUGCAGAAUGAUGGUGACCAAAAUAUGGAAUAGCUGCUUUCCGGACACAGAUCCAGCUCAAGAGCCAGAUCAGGUCCAUCGGCACAAUUUCUAUCUCUGCCAGUGGCAAACCAGUAAGCAGGUGAAGAUAAUUUACCUGCUGUACAGAUGGUUGGCGGCAAUUCUUUUCCUAGCAGUUCUAAGUUGUUCCCUGUUGGACAUCGGGAGGUCCGAUACGGAACACUACGAGCAUCAUUAUGCAAAAUGGUGGAUAUAUCUCACGCACUGGGCCCUACUGGCCUGUACCCUUCAAGCCUGGUUAGCAGCUUGGAUCGUUACGCAGGGAAUGAUGGUGGAUAGGGAUGAUUUUGAAAUCCAGCGAUUGGCGAAAACGAGGAUAACACAUAGAAUGUACUGGGUGCUUUAUACAAUUGCUACGGUCUACUCCUUCAUUGUGACCAUCUGCUACUGGACCAUUGUCCAUGAUCCAGAAAUCAAUAAAUUGGACGCUGUCAAUCUCAUGGUGCACGUUCUCAACUCUGUUCUGAUGCUCAUCGACCUGGCAAUUGUGGGCCAGCCUAUUCGGCUCUCACACGCGUACUGGACCACGGGUAUUGGGGUUAUCUAUGCCAUCUUCACGGGCAUCUACUUCCUAGCCGGUGGCACAAACAGGAGAAAUUUGGAGAGUAUCUACCCACUGCUGGACUGGCGACGUCCUGGCAAGGCGAUUGUGAUAAGCGCCUGUGGGAUUCUUUUUGUCUUUAUCGUGCACCUGGCCGUGUUCUGCCUCUACCGACUACGUGUCUGCCUGUACACGAAGGUGUGCAUCUGGAGUCGAAAUCGUCGAAUGAAGAAGAUGAGUUCCCUGGGGAGGACCCUAUCGUCGCUGGAGGAUGCACAAAAGGAGAACUUCCUGGGGCCUAGCACGAUAAUUGACGUGAAAAUGUAAUAAGAAUCUCCUUUCUUCAGUCGCUCUUAUCCACUCUAAAAAGGAAGUUUUAACAACAACAAAAUUAACUCCAUUUUGUGUUGGAUGCGCGGGGGUGAGCAAUCCAUCCAAAGUCAAGCAUUUCAGGGGAAUUUAUUGAUGAUGAGAUUAAGAUUGAAAAAGUGUCAAGAAGUGUUUAUUGCAUGCGACGUAUUGGGGGGGUGUGGGGGUGUAGUACGUCUUGUGUGUGUGUGUGAAAGCUCAGAAAGUUUACCAGAAAAGGAGAAACUUUAAGCACACGUGUGUUGCACGAAAGGUAAGAUUGGAGAAAUGGCAAUUGCAGGGGGAUGAGGUGGGUUGGCAUGAGGGGGUAGUUUAUCUCCAAUAGAUGGAAGAGCAGGAUGUUUUCAUUUUUCUUUCAAUUUUUCCUUCGAGAGGAAUUGCCAGACAUUGCAAGAAUCUCAAAUAUAGACUGUAAAUUAUUAAGUAGAUUGAAACAUCAUCUUCUUUGUAAACUCCUUUCUCAUGGAUUUAAUCUUUUUUUGCCAUUAAAUUUGUAUUAUUUCUCUCAUGAUAUUAAACAAAAAAAAAAUUGAGAUGGAAAUUGUCACAUUUCCAUCUCUAAAGAGCAAUUUUAGUUCCUUUUAUUUCAUAAAAAAAAAUUAGAUUUGUAAGUUUUGCAUCGUUCUUCGUCAUCUCGGGGAAUGCAAUGGGAUGUCAGGGCUGAAAGGAAUGCUCUUACUCUCUGUCUCACUGUCCCUGGACACCAUGUCUCCUACAUAUAGAGGCUUAAAAGUUUUAAAAGACUUUUUCUUAACUUUUCCAUUAAUUAAUAAAUUCAAGGAGAAAAGUGAUUAUGCGGAAAAUCACAGCAUUGUUCAAACACUUCUGUCUCAGUUUUAAGGGUUUUGGGUGGCAAAUUAAUGUUUUUAAGCACAUAUUCAUUGAUUAGUUAGCUCAAUUAACAGUUUAAACUAGGUUUUAAACACAUAAACGAAGGUUUAAGAAGUUUUUAGAAUUUUAUUUUAUGUAAAAAUAAAUCGAAAAAUAUAUUGAAUUUUUGGAGCUUUUUACCAUCUUCUUCAAACACUUCAAGCAUAUAAAAAUAUUUAUAAAAGCACAAAAACGUUAAAAAUUAUAAGAAAUCUGAGGUUAAAAGGACAUUAUGCACAAUGUAUAUAAAAAUAUUAAUUAAGCUGAAACAGUUGUAAUGGAAAGUUCCUCGGAAAAGUUGUCAGGAAGGCAGAUUUCAGAGCAAUUUUCCAACAAAUAUUUUCACAGUUGUUAUAAAGAUCUUCUUCACGUGAAUUAGCUGUAGUUCUUAACCCUUUCGUGUUUAAAUGAAACUGAAAUGAAACAUUGAAACAUUCAGUCUAUUUAUUACAAUUUUUCUUCUAUUUAUGCUUUCAGAAGGCAUUUUUACGUAAAAACGUCUUCUUUUACGUAAAUUUAAUGCAUUUCUUCAUUGGAAAAACCAUUUAUUAGUUAAAAAGAAACCUUUUGCGUUUAUUGAGUCAUUCUCUGACCCAAACGUGAAACAUCCUAUUUUUUUGAAUUUAAAAUUAUUUUAUUUGGUUUUCCAAGCUUGGAAUGCAUUAGUUUUACGUAGAAGAGGUCAAAGAACACAAUCCAACUGAGAAAGAUCAUAAACGAGCAUCCACAAAAUAAAUAUCAGGUUAAAAAGACAGAAUGUUUCAAUGUUUCGUGCAUACGUGAAAGGGUUAACAAAUAUUAUGAAUUUUAGAAACUUGCGUGCAUAAUGUCCUUUUCUUCAUAAUCAAUUCUAUUGAUUAAAUGAAUUUACAAAGAAAUCCAACAGCUGUAAAAAUUCAAACAAAAAAAUUAAGAUAAUCAAAAUAUAUAUCAAAAUAAACUAUAAAUAUUUAGCAAAAAAAUCAAGAAAACAAACUUCUGGGAUUCUGGGACAGAUGUUAAGAAGUCAGCUGUUGUUCAAUCUUUGAGAAGCUUUUCUCUCAAUCCAUAUGAAAUUUCCUCUUCUUCUCUAGCGACAGGAGGAUUUUCCUUGGAUUACAGAGAAUCUUAAAAUUUCCAUGUGGAACAAACUCUUGAACAACUAUUGCAUAAAACUCUUGCAGAAAAUCCAAUAUUAUUCUGCUGAAAAAUAUCGAUGAGACAUUGCAUGAUUCCAUGAGAGAUUUCGAGUAUUCCUUUAGCCCUUGCGGGGGGUGGAUUAAGCGGAUUAAACGAAUUAAAAAAAAAGAAAAAGAAAAGCAAGAAAAUUUCGUCUUUUGCGAGACACAAAACAUUGUAAAAAAAAAAGUAUUUGAAAACAUUUUUAAGGAAUAAAUAUUUGGUAAUAACAAAUAAAAAAUGAAUGAAAAAUUGUAUUGUAAUUCUAAUAUAAAAAAAAACAACAUAAUUUUAAAUGAAAAUAAAAUUAAAUGGUGCCAUGAAUUCCUUAGCCAGAGGCAUCGUGAGUAUUCGGUAGAUAACAAAAAAAUAUGUAGAAUUGCAUAUAUUAAAUUGAAGAGUAAUAAUGAAAAUUUUUGAAAGUAUAAUAAUUAAAUGAAAAAAAAAACCUUAAAAAUUAAGAUCAUGUGAUAGACGAAAGACAAGACAAUUAGGUGGUGAAUGUAAUUCCAAGAAGUUUUAUCUUCAUUUGUUUGUUGAUUUUUCUUUUGACGAGGAGAUUUUCUUUGCCCUUCUUUGCGUGGGAAAUUUUUUUAUGGGAACUUCUCGUGGAAAUUGUCGAUAAACUUUUCCACUGAACCUUUCCCGGAAGAUCUAUUUUUUUUUGUCUAUACGUUCAUGGCAAGAAAUUUGCGUACGAAGUGAGAGUUGUGAAGCAUCAACAAAAGCAAUUACAUUCCCAAAAGCAAAAAAAAAAUGAUUUUUUGCUGAUUGGUAUUAUAUAGCUCAAUUUAAAGCCCAAAGUUAAGAUAAAUCUCUGCAUUUAGUCUCGUGAUGGUGCGCUGUACUUUUUCCCUACCCGGAAAGGUCUUGUGGGAAAGGUACGCGCAGGUGAGAGAGAAGAUGGAGUUUGUGAAGAUGUUUGGCUCCCAUUUGGGAGGGCAUUAGCACUACAACAAAAAGACAUAUCGAUAGAUGAGAAAAAAUGUACAGCAAUUUAUUUUUAUUAACUCUGUACAUAUUAAUGAACAUUGAGCGAUGGCUUUAGAAACAAAAACAACAAAAAAUAAACGAAGAAGUGCUAAAAAUGAUGGCGUUAUUAAAUUAAACAUUUGGGUUUUUGAUGAAGCCUUAGUGUUCACAAUGAGAAAAGACAGAGAAAAAACAGAGAAAAUAUAAUUAUUUUGGCAAACACUGUAGCGCGGAGAUUGUAUGAAGAGAAUGCUGGAGAGAUGUCACAGAAGAGACUCUAUUUUGUAAUAAUCACGUUUAAGGAAUACAAAAAAAUCAUUUAAUUGUACACCUGUUGAGACCUCCCAAAAUCAGGGCAAAAUUAUGCAAAUGAUUGGGGGCUCACAGAGACAGGUGGGGGAUUAUAAUUACACCUUCAAAAAACAACGUUGAAAAAUGAUUGAAGAUAUAAAACUAAAUAAAAAAAUGAAGAAAAAAACAAUGAUGUGAAGUUAAAGAAGUUAUUUAGUGUAUGAAAUAAUAAAACUGAUCCCACAACUGAAAA